AUGCAGAGCCUCGGCAAGGAGAACCACAGCUUUGUAUCUGAGUUCAUCCUCCUUGGUUUCUCCAGUGAGUCACAGGUCAGAAUAGCCCUGUUCUCCUUCUUCCUUCUCCUCUACCUCAUCAUUCUUCUGGGCAAUGGACUCAUCAUCACCCUGAUCUACAUGGACUCACACCUCCACACACCCAUGUACUUCUUUCUCAGCAUCCUCUCCUUGGUGGACAUGAGCUAUGUCACUACCACCAUGCCCCAGAUGUUGAUUAAUAUGGUGUGUCCAAAGAAAACCAUCUCCUGGGGAGCUUGUGUAGCCCAAAUGUUCAUCUUCUUGGUCCUGGGCAUUGCUGAGUGUGUGCUCUAUGCCAUUAUGGCCUAUGACAGGUAUGUGGCCAUUUGCUUCCCCCUUCACUAUCCCUUGCUCAUGGGCCGCUCCAUUUGUAUCAAGAUGGUCACAGGCUGUUGGGCCAUUAGCAUAGCUGGGGCCCUGAUCUACACUGUCUUCACCAUGCGUCUGCCUUAUUGUGGCCCCUACAAGAUAAACCACUUCUUUUGUGAGGUCCCUGCCGUCCUAAAGUUGGCCUGUGCAGACACAUCCUUCAAUGACCAUUUGGACUUCAUCUUGGGUUUCACCCUGCUCUUGGUCCCAUUCUCCCUCAUCCUGGUCUCUUAUGUCUGCAUCUUUGCCUCCAUCUUAAGAAUCCACUCAUCCCACGGGAGGCUCAAGUCUUUCUCCACAUGUGCCUCCCACAUUACUGUGGUCAUUAUGUUCUAUGGGCCAGCCAUGAUAAUGUACAUGAGGCCUGGCUCCUGGUAUGACCCAAAGCGGGACAAGAAGCUAGCUCUGUUCUACAAUGUUGUCUCUGCCUUCCUCAACCCCAUCAUCUACAGCCUCCGGAACAAAGAUGUAAAGGGGGCCUUUCUGAAUGUAUUUGGUAACAGAAGGGCAUCUCAGUGA